AUGCGCGGAGCCUGGACCGUGGUCACCGCAACCCUCGUCUCACAAUUCAUCGGAGCGGCAGCUUUGGGUCAAUCGCAUGUGAUAAAGGAAGCCUUGGAGUACUACUGUGGCCCUUCCGGAAAUUGUCCGCUGCAUCUGCAGUCCGAUCCCGUGGUUAUUCGUAGGGUGUUGGAGGGCAGCGGUGCACACAGGAGUCUCGUGGUAUCCGUACCAGUCACCGCCGUGCACGACACAAAGCGACUCCUGCUGCUCCAGCCUCUUCCUGCCGAGAUCUUCGCCGAUGUCUACCAGCUGCAGUCUGCGGCCGCGGUGGGGGAGGUGCCCCCCACCCUCCUGCAUGGACGGGUCGACGUCGAGAACAUCACCCUCUGGGCCGACCCCACUGUGCUGGCAGUGGAGCUGCAGCUCGCUGCACAGGUAGGAGAAGCCGCUUUGGCGAAUAAGGGGCUGGGCGAGGGGUUGGCUGUACUGGCUGUUUGGCAAGGACUGUUGAAAAGGGAUGCCACAAGAUGCCCUGGGGUGCCACCCAACAGCCUUGCUUUGCAAGUGUCUGGCCACACCUUGCCCCCAAUCCAGCAUCAGCAACCGACUGCACGCCAACCCCUUGCCACCUCCCUCAAGGAGACUGCCAGGGAGGAGCUCCUCGCCAGGGUCCCGCUGCACGCACGGUACCCUCUCCUGCUCAGGGAGCUGCCCUGGUGGCGCAGCAUGCACGCCGCGGUCGAGCUCCCGCCUCCCCAGCUCCUGCUGGUACCCCGAGCUGCAGCGCAGUCGCGGCGGGCUUCGGCAGAGGAGGUCCCGGCCGUCUUGACAGACAGCGCUCCGCUGAUCUGGCGCAUGCCGGCCGGCAAUCAGGCGGCAAGGGAACCCAUCACCUGGGCUUCGGCUGCAGCCGUCAUCUUGGCCACCAGCUUCCUGCUGUGGACGGCCGCCACCAGUUGA